AUAAAUAAAUAAUUUUAAGUUCUUCGGUGCAACUUGGAAUUUAUAUUAAUAGUUUAAUACGUACUGCGUAAAACUAGAUCUCAGUUUGGAGCCUCGGAAACAUCUGAAAAUUUAAUAUUUUUAGUCCUUGAUCGUCAAAAUGUCAGGACUUAAGUAAUCCUUCAUAAAUAUGAAAUAUGAAGUUUGAAGCGUGCGUAAAUAACGAUGCAAUUGUGUCAUUUUUUUAGGACUACCAUUUCAUAAAAAUUAAAACGUUUUAUUCUCUCCUCUAAGCUGCACAUGCUUUCAUUGAAUUAACAAAAACAAAGUACCCAAUUAAAUAUAUUGCUUUCUUAUAUAUGUUAUUAUUAUAGACUUAUAAAUUUAAUAUUUUAACAACUAUGGCAGGGCCGAUUUAUUAAAAAUAUAAGGCUGUAAAUCAAUUUGCCAAACAGGUCAUAAAGUAAUAAUUGUGAUAUAAUAGAAUAAUGUAAAUAAUUGGGUUUUUUUCCCCAGUGCUUCUUUAAAGUAAAUUUUAGAGCAUUUUGUUGUUCACUUUAAAACUUUAAACUGUCCAAAAAACGAAAUGAAUGAACAGCAGAGACCUCGAGUAUCCAAAAGAAUGAGAUUAAAUCCCAUUUGCAGUCACAACUCGUAGCUGUAGAUAAACGAUUGGCUCAUUGUGGAUGUCUAAACAUGUUGUAAAUUAAAGUCACUUUUUGAUGGUUUCCUCUCGGAGUCGUUGUGUGGCUCCAGAAUCACUUCAGACUGCUGCAGCUUGGUUCUGAUCCGGAUCCGGAUUCAGGGUCGUGGGAGGAGUUGGGUUCUGUUUCAUAUCCAGAGAGGAGGAGGAGGAGGAGAGCUCUUUAAGGAUCUCACUCUCUUCUCUCUUCGGGGCUAUAAAGACGUUGUGCCUUCAAGACAGAGCAAAUUAACUCCAUUGGCGAAUUAUUGGUGUUAUUGGUGCACGACGACGAUUAGUGUUUUUUUUUUCUUUAUGGUGACUUUUGAUUUGGGUUAAGAUGAUGGAGUAUAUGGAGGAUAAGUUUGCACUGAAAAGCCAAACGAUGAAGGCCAGCGAUUACUACAUGGAUCAAGUCAUGGAGAGCCUGGACAGCGCGCAGUACUUCAACAAGUCUGCCCCCAAAUGUGUGCAGGCCUUCGGGCUGCAGAGCGGCGAGCACCGCUCCUCAACCUGCGGAGACCAGAACGCCAGUUACGGUGUGGCAAAACCAGACGAGGACACUUUGCACUCGGACCUCGGCAGGUCGAUGGACAGUUGUUGCACUCUGCGGGCGUCUCCAGUCACAACCGGACAGCCUGAAUCCAAAACGGAUCUGGACGACAUGGGGGACAAGUGCGACAGCAACGUGUCCAGCAGCAAGAAGAGGAGACACCGGACGACCUUCACCAGCGCGCAGCUGGAGGAGCUGGAGAAAGUCUUUCAGAAAACUCACUAUCCAGAUGUUUAUGUGAGGGAACAGCUGGCCAUGAGGACAGAAUUAACGGAGGCCAGAGUGCAGGUGUGGUUUCAGAACAGAAGAGCAAAAUGGAGGAAAAGAGAGCGCUAUGGGCAGAUCCAACAAGCCAAAACGCACUUUGCAGCCACCUACGAUUUAUCAGUGUUACCAAGGACCGACAGCUACACACAGAUUCCCAACAACCUGUGGCCGAGCCCGGCUCCCGGUGGCUCUGUGGUCUCCUCCUGCAUGUUGCCCCGAGGCUCCCCUCCCUGCGUCACUUCCUACUCCCACUCCCCUCGUUCGGCUGCAGCUGCCGCCGCCGAGCACGGCUACGUGGGCUUCCCUAAUCAGCAGAACCAGUUCGGCCACGUCUCCCUCAACAACUUCUUCAGUGCAGACUCCCUCCUCACGCCGGCCCCCAACGGUCACCACGCCUUCGAGACCAAGCCCGAGUUUGAGAGGCGCUCGUCCAGCAUAGCCGUGCUGCGCAUGAAGGCCAAGGAGCACACGGCCAACAUCUCGUGGGCCAUGUGAUCCGGGUUCCUGUGCAUGUCUGGAAAGUCUGGAGAAUGUCAGGGAGUCCUCAGCGUUUCCCCUCUAUUGAGACAGAAAGAAGAAUGAGAGGGAGGCAGGCAGGCUCCAGUGGGAUUUGAUCCCAGUGUUGGUACACGUGGAUCCAGAGGGAGCGGUCCCAAACCACUACAGCAUUUCCUAAGCACUGUGAAUAAGCUUUCUUUACCUCUGCGCCUCUCAUCUUCCUCCCUCGAUCUGGCUCAGGACUGAAGAUGAGGAGCGUGGAGACAAACUAACUUGACGUACUGACGUGUCUGUGUGCUUUGCAGCAAAGCUCUGUAAUCUCUGUCGUCGUCUGCCUCUGCUGUGUAUCACAGGUACACGACGCAGGCAGAGGAGGCAGGUUUUUAAAUUGUUUGUGUUGUAAAUGUAUAUCUGUUGGAAGUAUAAUAAAUGAAUGUCACUUGA